CGCAUUUAUCUAUUCCUCUAUCUCCUCUCUUCCCUUUUCCAUUGCCAUUUCAUUCAGUUCUCAUUUCAUUAUUCUCAUUUAAUCUCCUGAUCAAGUAACGACCUUUCUCACCCCAAACUCUCUCUGCACUCUCUACACUUCGUACUCUCUGCUCACUCUGCGCCUAACACUUAGUAUUCCGCCCAUUCUUCCCUAGACAAUUUUCUUUUCUUUUAUUCUUCACUCUCUACUCACUAAGAUCCAAUUGUAUUCUUCAUUCUCCGCUCUAUCAUUUACCAAGAAGGCAACCAUGUCCGCACCCUCCGCCAAUGAUGCUCGGUCAAUGGCGCAGGCUAUCCUCAUGGCCCAUCUUCACUCUCGUCACCAUGAUCUCCUCUCCUGGGCUUCUGUUCCAUUGAAGCAGCACAUUCUUUCACAUGGCGAAAGCAUGAACAGCUACUUUAAGCCAUGGCCACAGGAUGAGGUGAAGACAUUUGCAGCAAAAUCAUAUGUAUUAUAUCCAACGACCGCAACAACUAUUGAGCACUGUAUGCGAAGACACUCGUCUUUAAGCCAGCCCCCAUUUGCUGUUUCCUCCCCCUCCUCAUUCCUUUCUUCUGUGGCCUCUCCUACUGUCUUUAAUUGUCAUUCAUGGGAAAGUGCGUCAGUAUUUUUCCAAAAGAAACAACAAUAUCAACAAGCGCUUGACACUGAGGCUGUUACCUCUUCUUCCUAUUCCCCUUGCUCUUUGCACUUGAAUCUAAACCCGAGUCCAGCUCUAAGUUUAAAUACGGCAUUAGCACUGGUUCCUGUAGGAGAGUCCCACCCUGGUUCAGGCAAUCUUUGGGGAGUUGUGCUUGUUGCUGAAAGGAACGUGCCUGCUAAAAAUACUACUGGAAUAAAGGAAGGGGAUAGAGAAACAGGAGCGAUUGAGGAAAAAAUAGUUUGGAGGUACCAUCAUCUGACAGUGAUUCCUCUAGAAGAGUUGGUUCAGUCCAACUGCUGGAUCCGAGACGGUCCUAAUUUUGAUCAAGGUUUAAUAAUUGAGUCUCCGAAUCAGCAACAAUUACAACAACAGCAAGCAGCACUUCAGCCCACACCAACCACAUUUUCUUGCCCACAGCCACAUUCCCAAUUCCGUGUCUACGAUCAAGUUCACCAAGAACAAGAUGAUGAUUCAGAUGAUUCAGAUGAUGAUUAUUGGGGCCAAUACAGUGAUGCAGAGACUGAGUCACCUGUCAAAGAAAAAUCUCCCACACUCCAGUCUACUGAGCCCAUUAUCACCACAUCUACUCAAGACUUUAUAAAUACUGCUUCUGUCACUGCUACGGAACCGGAAGCUGUUAAAAUUAAGGACGAAGAUGAGAAUGAAGAAGAGGAUGAUGACUAUUGGCAUAAGUAUGCCAUAGAUCAGCAUGAUGAAGAGGAGGGAUCCCAACAAUCAGAAGGAGAAGAGUCAGACCAUCGGGAAAACUCAUAUGAGCACGAGUCCAUAGACCUUGUUGAUUCCUUUGGUCUUGUUGAACAUGGCCAUGUUCAUGGAAGUGGAUCUGAGUCAAAACGAAUUCUAGCAUCGUUCGAAGAUACAGCAAUAUCCAGAUCUAGUGGCCUUGAUAACGAAAUAGAAGCUAGUACUAGCGAUAAUGGAUCGCUACGGUUACGGGGAAUGUCAAGCUCUUCUACCUUCUUAGGUGCUCCGGCUUCUCUGCAGGCAUAUGUGCCUGGACCAGUUGAUCCUGUUACAUUGACGAUGUUGUUGGAAAGGUUGAUCACAAAUGUUGAUCAAGAUAAUGAAGAUGAAGAUAAAAAAGAGGAGGAGAAGGAGGGAAAAGAAGAGAGGAAGGAAGGAGAAAGGACUGAAAAUGAGCGGGAUUUUCCUUGCAAUCCUGCUCAAACAUCUCUCAUGAAUGAAGAAGUGAAUAUCGAUGGUAGUACAGAUUACCAACAACCUAGUGAGGGCCAACAUUCAAAUGUCUUUCCGCACGGUAUCAACAAUAUUAAGGUUCAGUCGAAACAUUUGCUCCCAAUAGUUGAUGCAUCUGUGUUUGCAUCAACAAGAUUAUAUCAAGUACAUGUAGAUCAGGGCGACUGCGACAAAGGGAGCCCAUGCUCAAGAUUAAGAGUACAAUCACUGCCGUCCUGUAUAUCAUCCACAAACAUGAUUGACGACACAUUCCAGGAGGAUAUGCAGGAGAUACAGGAAGCAACAAUAGUUGUACAAGGAUUACAGGACCCCUCCAUUUCCUAUCCUUCCUCUCUAGCAUCACCUUUAAGUUCAGCCUCAGCCUGCGUUGACUCUGUAUACGAUGAUGAUCACUGCGAUGGUAAACCUUCAUCUGUUUCUACUUCUGCCUCUGCUUUUGUCCCCACCACUGAUACACGAGGAGGCGACAGCAGCGAGAACGACAAGGAGAGCAUCCGCCAUAAUCUGCUGUCUGCUGUCAUGAAAGCGUCUGUCUCAGGUAUAUCCAAGAACGAGUUGCUGGGAAUGUUGGAUACAAUUUAUGAGGCGUCCGAUAUCACUCUGUAGAAAAUUUUUAAAAAAAAAAAUCAGCAUGUAAUAAAAGCAUAC